CGCCGUAAAGCUGCAGGGGUGUUCAGACUGUCGACUCGGGAUUACUUUUUUCUUCUGUUUAAACUUUUUUCUCCUCUCAAAUCGUGCCUUUCUCACCCUAAAGAGGAGUAUCGCUUAUAACUUCUCAUGAAGUUGUUUGUCACAUCGGCAAUGCAGAAAACGUGAAAAGAGCACUUUUUUGUGUAUUUUUCUUUCCUUUUUUUGCGGAGAAGCGAGGCAUAGACAGCCAGGAAAAUGUAGCUUGUUAGUUAGCUUCUUUUAUCUUUAAGUUUUAACAACUGCAGUUAAAGCAGAAGUUGAUGUUAUAUAUUUGUUCUAUAUAAUUGUAACCUAUAUACAUAUAUACAUUUAGUUAUAAUAAUACAUGUGAUCACACGCUGGAGCUGGUUGGAAUAGUAUAGUGUAGUGACAAUAGUAUAGUGACAAUUAUGUCUGCAGCAUCAUCAUCAUCACCAUCUCCAUCAUCAUCUGCCAGCUCGGCUCAACUCGAUCUUCUUCAUCAUCAUCAGCAUCAUCAUCAUCAUCAACAACACCACCACCGGGCCAAGCGCAGCACCACCGGCUCCCCCUCCAAUCCUUCAUCAUCAUCGUUAUCAUCAUCUCCAUCAUCAUCAUCAUCCUCAUCCACCAACAGCAGCCGCUUACAGCCCAUCCGCGCCACGGUGCCCUACCAGCUCCUACGUGCAAACCAGCCCAGCCCAACCCGAUCCCCUUCCUCCUCCUCCUCCUCCUCCUCCUCCUCUUCCUCCUCCUCCUCCACCUCCAUCUCACUCGGUAACACCACAGCACCGAAAUCCUCCAGCUCCGUUCCCGCCAGCUCCAGCCCGAACCCGGCCGGACCAGGCGCCGCGGAACCCGGGCUAAACCCGCGGCUCAGCCGCUCUCCACCUGAGCACCAGCGGGGCUCACCUGAGGAGGGACGUCCUGCCUCACCUACAUUUAGAGCAGUUGAAAGGUCGAAGGCUCAGCAGGUGCGGAGUGCAGGAACUCUCAGACGGACUUCCUCACUGGGCGCAAUCACCGGGCCUUACCUGACUGGCCAGUGGCCGCGUGACCCCCAUGUUCACUAUCCCUCGUGUAUGAAAGACAAAUCCACGCAGACACCUGGAUGUUGGAGUGAAGAAACAAGCGAGGGAGAGCUGAGGAGCACGCACCAGCGCUCGGCGUCCUGGGGCAGCGCUGACCAGCUAAAAGAGCAGAUAGCGAAGCUCCGGCUGCAGCUCCAGCGCAGUAAGCAGGGAGGAAGUCGCCUUAGUAAAGACGGCAGAGAGCUUCUGUCUCCUCUUCACUGCUGCAUCAUCACCACCACCUCUCACAGCACCAUCAGCACCGCCAGCCAAGCCCCGUUCCUGCAGUCACCCAUGUCGAAGCCGGCACAGAUGCCACUGUCCAACAUCACUGUGCCGAAGCCUUCCAUCUCCAGAGUGCCCAGCAGUAUGGAGGGCAUCAACCACGAACUGGAGAAGGUCUUCAUCAAAGACAAUGGAGAGAAGGAGGAGCUAAAGGCUCUGGAGGUCCCUGAUGGCCGGCGAGCUCCAUUUCCCCCUCAGCAGCGCAGCAGCAGUAGCCGCAGUGUGGACACUCAGACCCCCUCGGUACCCGGACGCUCCAGCAGCUGCUCCAGCCUGUCUCCAUGCCCCUCACCCGCAUGCCCACCAGGAUCACACGACGGCAGCCCAUACUCAACAGAUGAGCUACUUGAAGACCGAGACAAAGACAGUGGCAGCAGCUCCCCACUACCAAAGUUUGCCUCCUCGCCCAAACCCAACAACAGCUACAUGUUUAAGCGGGAGCCUCCAGAAGGCUGUGAGAAGAUUAAAGUGUUUGAGGAAAUGACGUCCAGGCAGUCAGCUGCUGUCCCCCUCUUCUCCUGCCCUGACAAAAACAAGGUGAACUUCAUUCCCACCGGCUCAGCGUUCUGUCCGGUCAAACUGCCCGGCUCCCUGCUGCAGCAUUCUGCCUCACAGCCCGAGGAGGAGGAGGGUGAUCCAGGGGCCGGCCCCAGUUCAGAAGCACCCCCUGUCUACGCACCGUUCCACCCCACUCAGGUCUCCACCAGCACCAGCACAGACGACCCACCAGAGUCCCCCGCCACAUCUCUGUCCCAACAGCAGGAGGCGCCCUCGGAAAGCCCCGCCCCAUCUCAGAACUAUUCAGUUAGCUAGAUUUGCACGGAGCUGGUCUCUGUUGCUCUUCACUAACCCUUGUCCCACCACAGGCUGCCUAGAGGGCCUCUAUUCACCCACCCACCCACAUCCCUUGUCCUCUCUGGAGGGUUGAUUCCCAUCUUUGUGCUGAAAACUCCACUGUCUGCAUGGCAUAGCAACAAGGUCCCAAACACACAGAGAAACGUUCCAGUACAAUCCACCUUCAUGUCCACAGCAUUCUCCUAAGCACUGUUAACUGACAGGGAUGAACGUUGAGGUUAAAGUGUGGAAUGAUGUUGCGCUUUCUGGAAGUGUAAAAGGCUGUAGUUGGAGCAGCAUCAGGAGAAGCUGUUUGUAAUAGUUUCUAUAUAAUUAAUGCACAAAUACAGCGCAUGAGUGGAUGUUGGUUUUACGAACCUCAAAAUAUGCAAGUGAGAAAUUAAGAUCACUGUCUUAAAAGAAAGAACGAAUGAGCUGUCUUUUUAAAAUCUUGUCUUAUUUACAGUCAGGUUUAUAAAUAUCUGGACCGCGUGCACGAAUUUGUCAUUUUUCCUCUGUACACCAUCUCAUUUUACCUGAAGCAGGAUAUGUACACAUUCAGAAUUAAUUGCAUUAGUCUUUGCAGAAGCCAUUUUUAGGAAUUACAGCCAUUUUCCAUAGUUUUGUCAUUUUCUCAGACUGUUGUCUUGGUAUUCUAUGGCAAAUUAUUCAGAUAAAAGGUUGGAAGUUGUAAAUUGUAAAUGUACAUUUGGUAGCUGUUCUCAGUGAAACUUUCAGUGUGCUGUCUAUAUUGAGGCUGUAAGGAAAAAGAAAACAAAGCGGAAUUGUUAGUAGCGGUUAAAUAAAAAAAAUGAAAUAUCAUUGUAGAAGUCUACAAUUUAAAGAAACCAAAAUAAAAAUACAUAUGGAGGGUUAACUUCUACUGUUAAUUAGUCUAACAGAAAACAUGUAUAUACAGAUCUAAAAAAAAAAAAAAUAAGAGACCACUUAAAAAUUAUGAGUUUCUUUGAUUUUACUAAAUUAAAAAACCUCUGGAAUAUAAUCAAGAGGAAGAUGGAUGAUCACAAGUCAUCAAACCAAUCUAAACUGCUUGAAUUUUUGCACCAGGAGUGGCAUAAAGUUAUCCAAAAGCAGUGUGUAAGACUGGUGGAGAAGAACAUGCCAAGAUGCAUGAAAACUGUGAUUAAAAACCAUGGUUAUUUCACCAAAUAUUCACUUCUGAUCUCUUAAAACUUUGUGAAUAUGAAUAUGAAUCAUUUUCUGCAAAUAAAUGCUCUAAAUUACAAUAUUUUUAUUUGGAAUUUGGGGAAAAUGUUGUUCAUAGUUUAUAGAAUAACAUAACAAGGUUCAUUGUACACAAAUAUAUACCUAUAAAUAGUAAAAUCAGAGAAACUGAUUCAGAAACUUAAGUGGUCUCUUAAUUUUCUUUCCCAGAGCUGUAUAUAAAGCCUCUCUAAUUUCAGACAAUUAUUUGGUUGACUAAUAAUAAUAUAGUAUAAUCCAGCCUGUUCAGCAUGGGGAAGGAAAGGAAGUGCAUCACAUUAUCUGUUAAACAUGGUGGAAGAUGACUGCUGAUAAAAGUUAUUUCUACUCAGAUUCAAUAGUGCUUUACAGUACAGAUAAUUCUCCAAAACAUACAGUGAAAGCAAUACAAGGACACAAAACGAUGAAGAAACUGCAUGUUCUUUAAUAGCAAAGUCUGCCACUUGACUUCAACCAAUUUUAGCAAUGUUUUUUUUUUUGUUUCUUAUGAAAAAAAAAACAAUCCUGAGUUAAAGCAUAUCAAGGAAAUGGACUCAGCAUUUGGUUAUGAUCAUGGGUUCGAAACUUCAAGCAGCCAUGUAUGGCAUAUAAAGAGUUUGCCCCCACAUAUCAUACGUAGUCUUUAUAUUUAUGAUUAAAUUAUCUUGUCUAAUUAAUUUCUAAGACUUAAAAUUAAAAUUUAAUUGAGUGACUGUGUAUAGUAUAUAUAAAUGGCUGUAAACGUAUUGAAUUAAAGCUGAAAGGCUACACUUUCAUUUAUAAAUCCUUUGAGUUGGUGUACAGUGAGAAAAUUAUGCAAAUUGUCACUGUCCAGUACUUAAACCUUACUGUGCAUCAUUUGACGUUAAAUUUGGUCACAUUCCAAACAUUUCACUUCUUCACAGAUAUCGAGAUAUCGUCAAGCCCAGGGCUUCACUUCCUUUCCUGUCAAGCGAUUGAACCUUAAUUUAGCAGAGCGCCCUGCGUAUCGUAUCGGCAUUAACAAUCAUAUUGCGCAAUGCUGGAGCCUCCUUUUCAGCUUCAACACGGUAAUGCUGGCGUUCGGUGGGGAAAUACGUUUAGAAAAGGUUUAGUUGGGUUUAGUUGGGUCAGCGGCAUGCAUCUGAAACUGAUUAAACUAAACAUCCGCAGUAUGAAUAAGCUCUAUAUGUAUCUAUAUCUAUAGAUAAUCUAUAUUAUCUAAAAAAAAAAGGAAACAAGGCUUGUCUGCAUUGAAAACCAUAUAUUACUUUACGUAUGUUAUAGAAAAGACGAAAAAAAGAGAUUAUACUCUUCAGAAUUAUGUUUACACUCUGUCCAGGUUUUGUAACUUUUAAAACAUCCAAUGCAAAAAUAGAAAAAAAAAUAGUAAAGAGUAAAAUGUUCAUAUAUAAAAAUGUUCAUAAAUAUAUAAAUAUAUAUAUAUAUAUAUAUAUUGCCACAAUUAUUGCACAGUAUCCGUUUAUAACCUAGCUUCAGGUGUGUCACUCGGAGUCUAAACUCAGGUAAUUAGGAAUGUACUGUGUAUCCAUUCAAAAAAAUUAAACCCACGUCUCCCCACAUCACUGCAUUUUCCAUUUGAACCGGUGGAAAUGGUUCCGGAGUUACUCGUGACAUUCCAUGUUUGGAGGAGCAGUCCUGAAUGUUUGUGAGUCUCGUAGUGUCACAGCAGUUUUAGACGGAUGGAGGAGUGCCAUUGAUCCACUGGCAGCGUUCUGAGGCGAGCGGGCAGCAUUCCUCCGUGAUGGACGGGCAGAUGCAGCCAGCUUGGCAUAAUCUCUAAGGAACACAAAUCGAUCUAUAAGGAACAAAUUUGUAAGGUUGACAGUAUCUGCUGGUGUAAUUGCCGUCCCACAUUGCCUCAGAUGGUUGUAAGUGCAUCAGGGCUGCUGCCUCUUGGACAGAUUGGGAGUGGGAUUAAUGAUGUGUGUGUGUUUGAAUGUAUGUGUGUGUGUGUUGUGUGUGUGAGAGAGAGAGAGAGAGAGAGAGUUAGACAGAAAGAGAAAGAGUUAGACAGAAAGAGAAAGAGAGAGACACUGUGACAGAAAUGCAGUAAUAGCAGGAGUUUGACUGCAUAAAGAAAGGCCAGUUUCUGAGAGUAUUCAUUUCUGUGCAUUAUGAUGCACAUUAGGUAAAAGGGUGUCUUCCGCUUUAGUUGACUACACGAGUGCCCUUUUCCACAUCAAGUCUAUUCUAAUCUCAUUCAGUCUGAUUGAUACAAUUGUUGUUUCAGGUUUCGCUGAAAGCCUAGACUGUUCCAGUGUUGUGCACACGGUACAGGUGCACUAUAUAAAACUGUGUGUAAAACAAACAAAAAAAUGAGUUUGUCCUGCAUGGCUCCUAUUGCUGUCUUCGUCUACCAGCCUGGAGAGGUUGUAUUUAAAGGGAAAUUUCACUGAUUUAUCCACCAGGUUUCUGCACAAUUCUGUCAGCGAGAUAUAAACAGUCAUUUAGAUUGGGGUUUGGUGUGUAAUGGUUUGUUGUGGAAAAGUUUAAGAUACAUAUAUAACCAAAUGAUAGCAGAGAAGUCACAUGUGUCUACUAAUUUUUACAGCUCUGGAACAAAAUAAGAGACCGCUUAAAAAUGAUGAGUUUCUUUGAUUUUACCAAAUUGAGCACAAGCCAUCAAACCAAGCUGAACUGCUUGCAUUUUUGCACCAGGAGUGGCACAAAAUUAUCCAAAGAUGCCAAGAUGCAUGAAAACUGUGAUUAAAAAACAGGGUUAUUCCACCAAAUAUUGAUUUCUGAACUUUGAAUAUGAAGUUGUUUUCCUUGCCAUUUCUCAUUUUCUGCAAAUAAAUGCUCUAAAUAACAAUAUUCUUAUUUGGAAUUUGGGAGAAAUGUUGUCCGUAGUUUAAAGUAUAAAACAACAAUGUUCAUUUUACUCAAAUAUAUACCUAUAAAUAGUAAAAUCAGAGGAACUGAUUCAGAAACUGAGCUGGUCUCUUUAUUUUUUUCCAGAGCUGUACAUACUAUUGGAAGAUGUUAAACUAGUUGCAAAUCUUAAGAAUUAAGCUGUAAUGGACCAAAAUUAGAAUAUCCAAUAUUCAAACCAAGUUUUAUGUUUUUGUUGUAAUGUGCUCAUAGAACUGAACCAUAGUUCUCUUGAUCCAGACCAAGAUCUCUUUAUUCGGUUGAAACAAAUUGUGGUCAUAAGUGUGGACUGUGCUUUCUGUGGCACCUGCUAUUUUGAUUUGGACAGAACUGAAAAGUCUGAAGUACCAGACCAAAUAAGGGUUUUGUUGGUUGGUUCAGAUGGUCAGAUCAAGAAGUUUCAGGAAGCUGAGACAAGCUAAUGUCAUUUAUGAAACAAUAGAAGAAGAAAAAGAACAGGUGUGGUGAUAAAAUAUGACUUCCCUUUGCAUGCACAGGUAUCACACAGCAGUAUGGAUGAAACUGAUUGUGUUGGCGAUCACUGUAUCUACUGUAACUGUAGAUUAUUCCUUAUUUAUAAACAGAAACAAAUCUAAGUGAUCUAAGACUUAACUUUUAUGCUCAUGCACACAAAGGAAGUAGGAUAUUACCAUGGGAAGUCCAACGCACGUCUUUCUACAAACCAAAUAGUGUCAAGUAUGGAGAGACACAGCCCAUGUAUGUAGGUGCAGACAACAGAACUCUUUAGAGCUCUUUAUGUUCUUUAGUGCUCUCACUAAACCAGAACUAAUCAAACCAAAGGCACAGUAAACAACGAAUGUUGGUUCAGAUUUGAUCCAGACUUUCAGGUGCAAAAAUGCUCUAGAUUUCUUAUUAACAGAUUGUUUCACACCAAACCACUAUAAAUUACGUGUUUAAGUCUUAGCCAUUUUAUUCAUUAAUCAGAAAUGUAGAUAAACCUGAUGUGAUUUCCCUUUAUUGCAGGUAUUGGGCUGUUUUAUUCAUGUCAUUGACUAUGAGUGGGCAUUAUUUUCCCAUUCAUGACCACAUCCACAAAGGUUUAAUAAUACACCUGCUGUUUUCUUCUACAUUUCUCUCACUGACUUUGAUAAACUGUAUCUGUAUAGUAUUGACCAAAACCGACAAUGUUCAGUUAUUUAAUGGAAACCCCACAAUUUUAUUGUACGCAUUGACUUUCACCUGGGUGACCGUCUUGUUGCAUUUUAGACAAAGACCCUGUUUACACCUCGUCACUUCAUUAUCUGUCUUUUUGUAUCAGGAUUAUAUUAUAAUAACAUAAAGAUCAGAGAGUGUGAACACACCCAAAACACAUUUAAAAUGAAUACAAAAUGUGGAUUUCUAAAAUCACUUGUUAAAGGAGUGCAUCCAUCUCUCCAAGAACCGUUUGUUUAACAACCACAACCCUGCGUAGUACAGUCUGACAUAAUUUUUUUGCAGUCUUUGUGCAUGCUAGUCAAGUGAAGCGACCAGGUGUGAACAGGGUCAAAAUGGCUUUAAAAGAAGUGAUGCAAGUAAUGUUUUUUUCUUUCAUUCUUUAUUCCGCACCUUACUAUCGGUGAUCAGUAGUUUAUUUAAUGAUUCAUACUGCUGUUAUUUUGGUUAACUGAAUAAUGUGUGCAAUAAUAUAAAAAGGUUAUUUGUCUCAUCUAGUAGGGAAAAAGGCAAACAACCUAAUUGUGUUUAAAGCUGAAGUUUUCAUAGUUCAUCAUUCCAUUGGAAGAGAACGAGCAGCAGUUCUCCAUUCCAGGUUCCAGGUUCAGUUUUGGUUCUGGAGUCGAGUCAGCAUGCAGCCUAUUGAAAAAGCCAUCAACCCGUAUGGAAACCAGCACUGGUGGUGGUGUGGUGUGACCAGAGCACAUUGCUGGCCUAUUGCUGGCAAGCCAUCGUUUAUUUGCAUGAAUAUAUGAGUCCGCAGGUCAGACGAAGGUCAGUCUGGGCUGCUCGUCCAUUCGCCCACAAUGGCAAUAAAUUACUGGGUUGUUGUGACCACUGUACCAACCGUUUGAGUGAGUGAGUAAAUGCCCGAAAUGGUGGCAGAGCUUUCUUUGCAAGAAAGUUGAGGACUGUUGAUUUUACAGGGGGCAAACUCUCCAUGUUAACAAUAUUUGGAACAUACAUUGCCGCGCCCCCUCGUUGAAGAGAGCUUUUGCGAAACAACUGUUUGGAAAAAAACACUGCACUUAAAAGCUUUGAACACACUCCUGUCCUCUGUCCAGCCCUGUGUUCUAUAGUGAUCACUCUUGCAAAGUUAGACUAUCAUUAAUGUCAAGAACGUUUUUUUUUAUUGUUUUCUCAAAGCCUUGUAGCUUUUACUUUAUUAUAGCCGUUUGGUGUCCUGUGGCACAGGCUGCUGAGCUUGCAUAGAGUUUGUACAUAUGUCUGAUGUUCGUGUCUGGUGACUGUCCUCAGCCGACAGUAUAAAAAGCCACAACUUAUUUUCUUUGGCCUGAUGUGGCUAACUGUUUCAUAUUUUUCAAAAUAGAGAACUUGUGUCUUAUUUAAAUAAAGUUAUUAGCAGAACCAAA